AAUUGUUGCAAAUUGUGUUCGAUUGAGUCAUUUUCUGUAACAUUUUAUUAUUUGUAAAUAUAAAACUAAUAAAUAGUUAAAUUCAUAAGUAGAGGCAAAUUAUUGAACGAAUAUUAUAAAAUGGCAAUGCUUGCUGAGCCCCGACAAAGAAAGCGCUACAAUUUAACGCCGCGAGGGAAGGCGUUGUAUGAAGAUGAUUCGCGUUUUGGCACGAAAAUGUUGGAGAAAAUGGGCUGGUCUAAAGGAAAAGGUCUGGGUCCAAAUGAGAGUGGGAAUAAGGAUUUUGUACGUGUUCGUAUGCGCAACACCCUCGAAGGCUUGGGCUUUGAAGAUCGCGAUGAUCACUGGACGCAGCACGAACAAGAUUUUAGCGGUCUACUGAAAUCUUUAAAUGGCGACAAUGACGUAAGUGAGAAAGCUGGUGGAGAUAAGGAAAGUGCCUCAGACGAGGAAGCUCCUAGAGUAGGAUUUGGUUUCACGCCUGAACCAAAAAAGCCUAAAGUUGAAAAAUUGAAAGAUAAAAUUAGUGGAGUGUCGUUGGAAGAGAAGUCGAAAUUGAGUAAAGCGCGUGUGCAUUAUCGUAAAUUUACGAAAGGAAAAGAUAUUGCCCAAUACAGUGAAAAGGACUUGGCGAAUAUAUUUGGAAAGAAAGUAGUUGAAGCAGUGCAGACUGAUGGCAGCUCCACAGAGCUUACAGCUAUAACCACCAAAGGAAAAACCUAUGAAAAAGAAGAAUCAGAUUGGGCGGAGGAAAAGGAAGUGAAGCCAAAUUUCGGAGGAGUGCAGACCAUUAGCACCGGAUUGUCGGUGAGUGAAUACUUUAAGCGCAAAAUGGAAGCAAUGAAAAGUAAACAAAUAAAAACGGAUACGGAAAAUAAUGAGCAAAAAGACGUGGAAAGUUUGGAAGAGCUCCCUGAGCGAAAUUCUGUAGAAAUUAAGACGAAAGAAAAGAAACGAAAACGAGAUGAAAAAGCGCUUGAGUCUGAGAUUAAAUCAACUGAAGCGGAGUAUGGUAACGAAACUGAUGGAGCAGUAAAAUUAGAGCUCAAAAAAGAAAAAAAAGUUAAAAAUAAAUUAAUUUCUGGAAGCACCGAUUUGGAAAGUAACGCACCUGUGGGUGAUGCGAUUGUUCAAGCGUCCGAUAUUGAAUAUAAAAAAGAUAAAAAGAAGAAACGUAAGCAAAUCGAAUCAGUAGAUUUGCCCGUAGCAGAACAAAAAGUAGAUUCUGAGUUGCCUAAAAAGAAAAGAUCCAAAAAAUUCGAAGAGGAGCAGCAAAUCAAUAACGAGGACGAAGUAAUUGUAGAUAAGGAGGCUCCGAAGAAAAGUAAAUCAAAGAAAAGUAAAGAUGCGCAACCGCAAGUGAAUUCUGAUGCGAUUGCUAUAGAAAGUGCGGGGGAAAUUUUAACAACUGAGACGCUUGAAAAGAAAAAGAAACAUAAAAACGCAAAAGACGUUGAAACCCCUUUGUUGCUCGAAAAACCUAUAGAUGAAAUAGUGCUUAAGAAAAGUAAAAAGUCCAAAAAUACACAAAAGUUGUCAGCAGACACUAAAACCGAUGCAAAUUUACCAGAAAGAACAGAUAGUCCUGAGAACGUUUCACAGCAAACGACUGAAAGCUCUAUUACAAUAUCACGUAAGAAGUCAAAGAAGCAGAAGAAAGGUGAGAAAAACGAUCAAGUAAACGUGGCUGAUGGUGGUUUGAAAAACCAUGGAGCACCGGACGGCCAGAAACCAUACCUAGAAGAUGUAAGUGCAGAGAUAUCCUUGCAAACACUGACUCUUGAUGAGUUGAUAGCCAAAUGUAAUUCACUGAAUGUCUACACUAUUUCUUCAUUUUGCGCAGAAAAAUUCCGCAACGUCGCCCUAGAUGAAUUCAAAGGAUCAACAAUAGCGCAGCUUCCUGGUUAUUCCUAUACUGACAAAGAUCUGCAACUAAACAUAAUUAAUUUGCCCAGUGAUGAGAAGAGAAUCGUACAACUUUGGAACUGUAGCAUAAAUAAAUACCAGGAAGCUAAUCCACGAGCAAUUUUUGGCAAAUACAAAAAAAAUGUUGUGAGCGUACUAUACAAGGGCAAAAAUAAAAAUGGCCAAAAACAGGAGAGAAAAAGAAUACCUCGAUUUUACACGAAGUCGCUAAAAAGAAAAAGUGUAUUCCAGUCAAUAUAAAAUAAUAAUAAUAAAAACACUCUUUUUUUUGGUUAGCGUAAA